GUUGAUAACAACUGUUUUUAAAUUUUGCAUGUUUUUAAAUUCACUGUUAUUAUGUUUUGAACGUAAAAAUUCAUUUCGAAUCGUAUGCAAAUUAAAUUAAAGUGUAACCUCCUACCAAACAAACAAAUAUAGCUUCAAAUUCUCCAAUAAAUAUUUCAACAACAAACUCCCAGACUCUUCAACAAAAUGCCUCAAGUACCGCCAUGCCUCAGCCGUCGCUACGAGGCCAUGGACCAACUGGUCUCCGAGCUGACCGGGUCUACAGAAGACACCUCCGGGGAGCCACCUGAAGUCAUCCAGGACCCGGCCAUCAGGCUCAUGUGUGACCUGUGGCUUGUUAUGAAGGAGAACCCUGAUAUUGAUGUCGUGGAAGCACUACAGAAAUGCAAACAGGAAGCUGCCAAGAAGUGCCCCGGUAGACAGAGGCCCGUGUCCCUCUACCCGUGUGCUGCCAACCCCGCAUGUGACUUGCAGGGCCAGAGGAAUCCGGCCGAGGGAGUCAGUAGGGGGAGGAUAUGCUCUGGAAAGUUGGCGUGUCGUCGAUUCAAUCAACCAGACAAAAGGGAAGACCUCACUUCUGACCAGGGUGACAGUCAGGACAGAGUGGCUCCGAUCAGCAAAGUACUCAAUAAUUUAAAUGCCGUAACAGAAAUGAAUAAAAAGUUUCAAGAGCAAUUGGAAGAUGUAGAGCAGACUGAGAAACAACUGGAGGACAAGAUGAAGCAGCUAGAGGAUAAGGAAAGGGAAGGCCUGGAAUUGUUGAAGGAAGCCGAUUGUAUGUGGAACUGCAUGGAGUCAGCUUACCAGCAGAAACUGAAAGAGAGCGAGGAUAAACAGAGUCAGUUGAUAGAUGAGGUUCAUAAAAUUGAAAAAACAAUAUCCAAAUGGCGCAGAGGAUACAGAGAUUUAGAAUUACAAAUGAAAAAAGUUGGCAAGGUUGAAAAAGAAAUUGAAGAAAAAAAACUAAAAAGAGAAAAUGAUAUAAACUGUCUUAAUCUCGAAAUAGAAAAUCUCAAAAAGCAAAUAAAAAAAGAUGAUACAGCUAUAGAAGCAUCAAAAAAGGCAUUUGAAAGCAAAAAGAAGGCUUGUGAUGAAAAAGUAUCAACGUUUACUAAAAAAACUGCAGCUUUAGAAAAAGAAUUAGCUGAGGAAAUAAGGAAUAGAAAACAAGCUGAUAUUGAAGGCCAGAAAGAAAUAAAAGCAGCACGAGAUGAACUUAAUAAUUUGUCCAAGAAAUUACUUGAAAAGAAGCUUGCUAAUCAAGAUAUUCUAGCUGAGUAUGGGGCGCUUAUGAAGGAUGUAGAGCUACUAAAAGAGAACAAAGAACUUUGCAAGCAGCGUUGCAAAAGCAAAUCUGAAGCUAUCGAUAAGGAGCUCCAAGAAAUCGAGGAAGAGAUGGCGAAUUUCACCAUACAAUGCAGUCGAUGUCAUCAAACUACCGAUACUGAUGAUGUUAGGAAAUUCUGUACAGAUUGUCCAAGAUGUCUUAAAGAAAGAUCGUGCUAUGUUGAACAGGGGGUUUGCUGCCCCGAUUCUGGAAGUGACUGUGUGUGCAUGAGUGUAAAAGAAAAGUUCAUCGGAAACGUUUUUGAAAACAUGUGUUCAUACCUAGAAGCCAAAUCAAAAAGUGCUUCAAGCCAAAACGUAGCUGAUACGGUUUUAGAUUGUCUGAAAUCAAGUUUGAAUGGAAAACUAAAUAAUGAAACUAAAGCUUUGUUAAAAGAUUUUAUUAUGUCUUCGUUGAAGAAGAAUUUGAAUAGUAUUAUAAUUGGUGGAGCCGUGAAAACUAGAUGUGAGAUGGAUUUAGAGACCUAUAAUCAAUUAAUGCUGUGUUUGAAGCAAAUCAAUGUUUCGCCGGCUUCAAAAGAUGAUAAGGGACAAUCUAAACUGGCGCCAUGUCCGCGCUGGGGCGGCUCCAGUGAGUGUCAGUGCAAGAAAUCAGGCAAAUUGUCCGGUUGCCCGUGCGCCAAGAAAGCACCACCACCUACAUUUGCGCCUUGUCCUCCGACUAAAGGGCAAACCUGCAAGAACACAAAGAAGAUAGUCUGUGAUACGACGUGCUGUAUAGACGAAGGUGAAGAUGAUGAGCCUGAACCUUCGUGCGAUAACAAGAAAUGUUCUACCUCCUUCAAACACACCAUGAGAGCUGCACAAUGCUCUCUGGAUAUAGAUGCUCUGCCAGUAGACCCCAUUGCGGAUAGUUUAAAUCAAGCUGAGAAAGAGGACCAGACCAAUUAUUGUUUUUCGCCCUUUGAGGUGGAACACCAGCUUCAAGGAGACACGUUACAUUUGAUAAAAGAUGUAAUGAAAGCAACUAAUACUGAAAUAUCAACAAUCGAUAAAACUUUACCAAGCGAUGCAGGAACUAAAUCGUACGCAACAAAAUUUGCCCUUAUGGAUUCAAGAGGAACAGCCACAGAUUUUUCUGCAGAGUCAACAAAUCUUAAUGUUUCUUUGGAUAAAUAUGUAAAUGCACCUUCUGUAAUUGGAUCAGAAACAUUGCUAUCUGUGACAGCAGAUUUGAAAAAUUAUGAUGUUGUGGCGAUAGCACCAAUAGCUGAAAAACGCAACGAUACAGAAAACAACAUUUCUGUGAAAGGUAACACCGAAGAUAAUGAUCAUAGAAUGGAUCCUAAGUUUCUCCCAAAGCAGUUUUCCAAUAACGAAAUUGUAGGAUAUGGUCCAGGAAAAUCUAGCCUUAAGGAAAUAUUUCAUAUAACGAAAGAUCCUUUUGAUUCAAAGCAGAUAUCUGAAUCUGUCAAGAGCAUUGAUACACCAAUUCCAUCAAAACAAACAGCGAGUGACAUGUCUCAAGAUGUAAAACAAAAUAAUGUGCUGAAAAUAAGUGUGCAUCCUACUCCAUAUAACAAGAAAAAAUUGUCAACCAUUGAUAAUUUUCAUCUAACUAAUCACCCUACAGUUUUAAGAACAACGCCAUCUAGAAAUUACUUAAUAAUAUUGGAUAAAGAAUUUGAAAAAGAAAGCAGUCAAUUAAUUGCAGACUUUAUUGGUGAAGAAAAUAAACGUGUGGUUGAAAUAGUAGAUGUGAAAGAAUCUGAGAUCUGCUUGAUACUAAAAGAUGACGAUGAUGAUGUUUCGAAUGUAUCGAUUAAUGAUGUUAAUAAAGCUUUACUUGUGAUAACUGCUUGUGGAAAUAUAAAGUUAUCAGUCCACGCACGUCGCCCUACAUAUGAAUUAGAUGAAAAAUCUUCAAGACAAAAAUAUAACAUGCGAUCACCUGUUUUUAAGGAAGUGUUAAAUCAAUACGUACAGGAUUCUAAAUCUAUAGAAGAAAUAUCUGACAUAGAUUUGCAAUUACUCAAUAAUGGAGUACAAAGGCUGAGAUCAGAAAGGUCCCGUUCAACGUUUGUUGGAGAUGACCCAGAUUUAGUUACCAUAUUUAUGAAAGAAAAAAAUACUAAGCGCUCAUUUUCGACAUUAAUAAGUAGACUUUCAGAAGAAGUUAUUGACAUGAAACAUUCUACACAUUUGCUUGAUAGUAAUCAGUCUCCAAAAGAUGAGGCAGUUUCCACUAUGUGUGAUAAAACCUGUAAUAGUGCCAAAUGUGAAUGUAGGUAUUUAGAGCUAGAUACCUCUGAAAAUUCUCCCGAGCGUUUUUCAUCAAUAAUAAGCGAUGAUGACUGCCGGUCUAUAACUCUAAGGAAUGCUAUUAAAAGUCAAUGUGGAUGUCGAUUUAAUGAAUCUGGAAACCCUAGUUUCAAUUUCAACCAACAAUGUUUUCAUGUCAAUGUAGACCAAUCAUGUAAAAAUUUCAACAAAAAAUCUCCAUCCACGAGAGUUGCCUUUAAAGAUUUCUGUAGCAAGCUCGAUAGCGGUAAAAGAUUUCCUCGUAUUUUGGAGUGACUAAGUAAGUAAGGAGCUUUUAUUUGGUGUUUGUUAUGUUUCAUAACGUUUGUAAUUUUUUGUGU